AUAACGCACGAAGUACAGCAGCGGCAGCCAAGAGGACACGGAACACGACAGAGGGUGGUACCGGUGCUUAUCCGAAAAGAAGCCCAGGCACGGCACGGGGCUGGACACUAAAUAAGAACCACAACAAAGAAGCUCUCCAUAAGAAAGCAAAAGGAUCACUUUAUACCGGCGGAUCCCUCCACGCACGCCUGUUGUUUCUGGGCUCAAUGAGAGACCCCAUGCGUAAAGUAUCUGAGCGGACCCCUAAACGUUAGGCUCUUACGGUCAUCUCCGGACAAUCUAGCCCAGCAGAGUUCUGCGGAUGAGCCAGUCUCGUUGGAUCCGGUCGCAGCGCUGCCGGGAGACACUGGCAGGCUUCCUGUGAACGUGCCACAUGCGCGUGCAAGAAAUGGAUUCGCUUUUGCUAUAGCAAAGAUUUGCCGCGGUUUUUAAAAAAAAAAAAAGUAUAUUUUUUUUCAUUUUCUGACUAUGUUUGAGUGUGUGUGUUUGUCGGAAUUGGUACAUUUUUGACUCUCACGAGCGCAGAGAUUUCAAGACUCUUCGUGCGGAAUUACAACCAUGAACUUUGUUGUCAGUGUGGUAACGUUACAAAUCCUUUUGGCAGCGGCUCUUCACUUAUCAACUGUAAAGACUGCCAGCAUUAAGAAGGGACUGGAGAAGAGUAAAAAUGAGGUCAUCCCUUUCACGGAAGUCAUCACCAAGAGUAUGUGUCAGCCCAGGGAGGUGCUGGUGGACAUCCUUCAGGAGUAUCCGGAGGACACGGAACAUAACUACAUCCCUUCCUGUGUGGUCAUCAACCGCUGUGGUGGCUGCUGCAAUGACGAAGCAAUGGAGUGUGUUCCCACAGAAACCCACAACGUCACACUGCAGGUAAUGCGGGUUAGACCAAUGGUAACGCAACAUACUAUUGACUUGAGUUUCACAGAACAUCAGAGGUGUGACUGUAGACUGAAGCCAGAUGUUCAAGCAAAGAAAGAAUACCACUGUGCGCCUUGCUCAGAGAGAAGGAAGCGCUUGUUUGUGCAGGACCCUCUCACCUGUAAAUGUUCCUGCAAAUUCACACAGUUAGACUGCAAGUCCAGGCGACUUGAAUUAAACCAAAGAACUUGCAGAUGUGAAAAACCGAGGCGAUGAGACCAGCAACCCUGCUAUGAAGGAAGUCACAGCACUUUGCAACAUGUGGAUGCAUUCCCUGCAAGGAAACCAAACGACAACGCAAGACAGGAAAUCCUGAACACUGACUUUGCCACUGUCUAUUUUCCGCCUAAAGAUAUUAAUAUAUACACGAAGUACAUUGACAAUAUGAAUUGCUGCUACGUAAAAAAAGAUAAUUUAAAGUGAAACGACCGCACCUCUGGUGUGUGAAUGGGAAAUGUUUCAGCGACGUUCUGCUCAUGGGUAGAAGACUAGUAGCAAAAAUCUUAUUUUAUGUAACACUUCACUGGAUGCUGGUCUGCUGUGAAUAUGAAUAUUUUUUUCUUAAGAAAAACUGACCACAGCUUUGCCGACCGGCGCAACAGAAGCAGAACUCUGACAGAAGAAACUGGAAGGAGUCGGAGAAAAGAUUGUUGUACUUGAACUGAACGGCAGGUCCCUCUGUGACAUGAUGUAACGUUUUGACUCCACUGUACAGACUGACUGGUCUGAAGUGAAUGUGGAUGCAGACUAUGUGCGUGGUGAUGGAUAAUGUGAGAAAGAUGACUUUUCUCCCUCAGGAAGGGUUCCAUGAUGCUGGCAAGAACUACAAUUAAGGUUAGCUAAUGGCGUUAAGGGUAGGAUGAGGGUUAGGAAAUGGAAGUUUCCAUCAGGACAAAGGCCUGUUUCUGGUCCUGCUUCCUUCAUGAAACCCUUCCCUGGUGGGGAAAAACAGCAUUCACUUUGUUUUUCUGCACAGUUAAUUAUUUACUUUUGAAGGUAUUGUGUUCUUUUUAACAAAAUGUCAUGAGACGAGGCUGUCUAAAGGGAUUUUAGUGUAGGUAUAUACAGAGACAAGAAGUAAUUAGACAAGCUCACAGAUCAGCUCAGCAUCUCACUGUAGAAAUACACAAUUUUACUCCUUUCUUAUUUAAUGUCUGUGUUCCAAAGAAAUAGUUCACGGUUCAUCAUAAAUGAUCUGUACAGAUAUAUCCCUUUGUCUAGUACAUUACAUCUUAUUUAUAGAAUCUGUUCAAUGUCCUGUAUUCUGAUAUUUAUGUGAAGUGUUAGUUAUUUUUGUUUGUAUUUCAGUCUGUUUAGAGACUGAAUUGAGAACAUUUGACUGUAGACUUUUUUUUGUUGGGGGGGGGGGACUGAAAGGCUAUGCUUUGACAUUCCUGAUUCAAACUAAAGCUGUGUUUCUCGUCAGUCAAAAGGGGAUCAUGGUGGGCCUGUUGACCGAUAGAAACCCCAGCCACCUGUGUGUGUGUGUGUGUGUGUGUGUGUGUGUGUGUGUGUGUGUGAGAAUGAUGCAACAACACAGAUGUUUUUCGUUUUGGACUGGGGUGAUGGACAUGUUGUUUUGCACUUGUGGGCUCGAAGACACGUCAGGGGGAGGACCACAACGGUCUUGUUGCUGCUGCUCAAUUCAGACCUAAUUUAGUGAAGACUGAGGCCUCUAGUCUGAGGGUAGUAAACUGGCACACUGUUUUCUCUGACUUUAACUUGUACUCUUAAAUUCCUUAACAUAACCAAAACUAGAAGAUCUCAUAAAAGGACGUCAGAAGUAAAACUAAUGUCCGCUGUGUAUCCCACUCUGGAGCGCCCAGUGUGAACUGGACGCACAGUGAGCGCUGUUGAAGUCAAAUGAGUGACUUAAUGAUAUGAGGGAUUUAAGUUAGUAAAGUAAGGGCUCCUCCCUAACGGACAGGACCGGCCAAGACAGCCGUGGCUGCAGUUCUUACUACUACGCUAAAUUCGGUAUGUAUUUGAAAGAACAAAGUAUUCUUUCAAAGGUGUGUAUUUGUAAUUAUACUACUAAUUGUUGAACAAUAUUUUCAGGAAUAGUCAGAUUUGAGCCCUUUUCCAUAGCAUUGUGACACAUCUCUUUUCAGAAAUCACACCCGUGUUUCUGUCCCACUGCUGUUCAUGUGAACUGGCCUUCUGUGCUGCCACCCUCAGACUUGAGGCCUGAGCGUGUUCCCUGAGAUGGCUACCAGCUCAGUGCCUCUCCAGUCCUCUCACCAUGACAACAUUCUAUUUGUAUUUGUAUGAGUUUUUACAGCCACACAUUUUUAGUAUAUUUUCACAUUAAUAUAUUUAUUAGUACUGUACAACAUUAAUACUAUAUUUUGUUGUUUUUAGGGUUACUAUUAAAUCAUAUUUAUUUU